AUGUUUAGGACAGGAGAAGGCUACUUCGGCAAGUAUUUGAACAAAUAUAACGGUUCUUACAUCCCGCCGGGCUGGCGCGAGUGGGGCGGCCUCAUCAUGAACUCCAAAUAUUACAAUUACAGCGUGAAUAUGAACGGAAAGAAGAUCAAACACGGUGACGACUAUCAUAGAGACUACUAUCCGGAUUUGAUAGCGAACGAUUCUAUAGCGUUCCUUCGGGCUUCCAAACGUCGCUUCGCCAGGAAACCCGUGCUGCUUGUGAUGUCUUUUCCAGCACCGCACGGGCCCGAGGACUCUGCACCGCAAUACUCACACCUCUUCUUCAAUGUGACAACCCAUCACACCCCCACCUACGACAUGGCCCCAAACCCUGACAAGCAGUGGAUCCUUCGCGUCACGGAGAAGAUGAAGCCCAUCCACCGGCAGUUCACCGAUCUGCUGAUGACUAAGCGUUUGCAGACUUUACAAAGCGUGGACAUGGCGGUGGAGAAAGUGUAUCAAGAGCUGAAGGCGCUCGGCGAAUUGGAUAACACCUAUUUGGUGUACACGUCCGACCACGGCUACCAUCUGGGUCAGUUCGGCCUCGUCAAAGGGAAAAGCUUCCCGUUCGAAUUCGACAUCAGAGUACCCUUCUUAGUCCGCGGACCCGGCGUGGAGCCAGGCACCGUCGUGGACGACAUAAUACUAAACAUUGACUUGGCGCCGACGUUCCUGGACAUGGGUGGUGUUGAGCCGCCCUCGCACAUGGAUGGACGAUCGCUGCUGCCUCUGCUGCAGCCGCGACGAAGACGCCAGGCCGCGGCCCAUUGGCCCGACACUUUUCUCGUCGAGAGCUCCGGGCGGCGAGAAACGCAAGCCCACCUGGCGGAGGAGAGAAUGCGCGCCCAAAUGUACAGCCGAGAAAUGAACGGAAAGACGACAACGGCACAUCCUCAAGAGGUCUCCUCCGAGAGCGGUGAUUUCGACGACGAAUCCGAUGACGAUGACUUCUUGGAACUCGACGAGGAUGAUGAUAAUGAAAGUGCGGAUACCAGUGACGCUACGAAGAAGCUAUCAGAGCCGCUGUUGACUAACGAAAGUCACAAUCCAAUAUUGGAGGCGAAUCUCGAGAAGGCGCUCGACGCUGAAGAAGCAAGUGCCACUAACCAGCUCGAUUUUCUUGGCUCCGCUGGAACAAAGAUUUUUGAUCAAACAGCAGAAGCGAGCAUUGCUAGUGGGAAGGCAGCUCGGUUGGCGGCGGAGUGUUCCAAAGCCGAAUUACGCGCCCCUUGCUCAGUUGGACGCAAAUGGAAAUGUGUCCUUGUGAACGGCCGCUGGCGUAGGCAUAAGUGUAAAUAUGAGUCCGGGAUAAACGCCCCGCAACCAAAGAUGAGCACAAAGAAAUGCGCGUGCUUCACGCCGAGUGGACUAGUUUACACGAGAUUGGAAACGGACGGCACGAUUCUAAGGCGGCCCGGUGAUAACCAAAAAGAGAACGCCACUCGUAGUCGUCGAUCGAUAGACAACGAAGUUUUUGAACCCAACACUGUAGAAAAAAUCUUGGAGGAAAACCCUAGCAUAGGCCACUUGCGUUUCUUAAACGAGCCAUUCAAUGAAUUUGAAAAUAAGAAUACAAAAGAAAAGAUUGACGAACUGAUUAAAGAAACCGAGGCGUAUCUUAAGGCCUAUGAACGCACCAAAGAGAAUAUAGAACAUAAGAGAAUUAAACGUAGAGCCCAACAUUUCAACCACAACAACAAACACAAACAAAAGAAUGACCUAAACAAUGCAACCACAUCAAAUCCAAUUCCACGUCGGUACGAUUUAAAUAAUACUGAUGAUGCAUCAGAAAAAAACAAAAUCAUCAAUACAGAACUUCCGAAACCUCAAGUGACAACGAUUAUCAUAGAAAGAGAUUAUGACGAUCAAAACAUAGGAGUUGAUAGAACUACUAUACGACCAACGAGAUUCGAUGCCUCUGAAUACGAGCAAAGGAACCCAAAUAAAGCAGGCGAUGAUAAUUUAGGCGUUUUUAGUAAACCAGGAGAUAUAUUCCAAAGGAGAUUACAUCCUUUGUUCAUUGAAAAUGAAGACAAACAUGUAUGUUACUGUGAGGAGAAUCGAAAACCGAAAGGUCCAGGACACGCUUAUCUGGAAGCGGCUCAAAAAGCUAGGGAAGAGCGAAGAAAGUUGAAAGAGCAGCGAUUGCGCAAAAAACUAAGGAAAGCUAAGAAGAAGGCGGAAUUAGAAAGACUAUGUGAAUCGGAGCGUAUGAAUUGUUUCCGGCACGAUAACGAACAUUGGAGGACUGCACCGCUAUGGACCGCUGGCCCAUUCUGUUUCUGCAUGAGCUCAUCCAACAAUACCUAUAACUGUGUAAGAACCAUCAACGCCACACAUAACUUGUUAUAUUGCGAAUUUGUAACUGGACUCGUCACUUACUACAACUUACGUAUAGAUCCUUUUGAGACCCAGAAUAGAGUAAAAUAUCUAACGCAGUCUGAAAAAGAUUAUUUCCAUAAUCAACUGCAGCAACUUUUAAGCUGCCGUGGACCUUCAUGUAGACGAUUUUCCCAUUCAAAUCCAGCGGGUAGUAGUGAGGAAAUAAGCAGGCGCUUCGAUGACGAAAAUCUUUAUAGGGGUGAACCUCUUGGAUAUAAUGAAAGGGCAUGGCGGUGGAGCGGUUAUGGUCGUCGAUACGCAAGAGCGAGAGAGUUGCACCGCCGUCGUCAUAUGAUGGUGUUC